GGGGGAAGGGGGAGAGGGGAUGGAGGUAAAGGGGUGCCAUAUAGACUGCAGUUUGGACAGCUUGAAAGAGGAGUGGAUGUGGCUCCGGGGUGAAAUUUAUCCUAAGUACAGAUGUACUAUAGGAUCAGUUUCCCUUCCCCCAAUCCUAACCAUUAAUGGGGAAAAUGAAAUACUGGCCCAGGAUCAGCAUAUAGGGGCAUUCACCCCCCAGGGCCCCAUUUGUUUGUUUAUCUUUAUUUUACUAGGCAAGUCAGUUAAGUACAAAUUCUUAUUUUACAAUGAUGGCCUACCCCGGCCAAACCCUAACCCAGGCAACACUGGGCCAAUUGUGUGCCGCCCUAUUGAACUCCCAAUCACAGCUGGUUGUGAUACAGCCUGGAAUCAAACCAGGGUCAGUAGGACUGAGAUGCAGUGUCUUAGACCGCUGCGCCACUUGGGAGCCCUUUGUAUUUGAUCCUAUUUAAGAUGUUGCUGUUGUUUACGCAACAGUCACUUUAUCAACUGCCAUUGGUGGCCACGAGAGAGAAGAGGAAAGGAGAGAUCGCGGAAUCCCCUUUUUUUUGUAUCAAAUUCUACUGAACGAAAGAGAACGUUUUCCUGUUCAAUAUGAAACUUUUCCAUUCACAUAGAACCCAAACUCCCAUAACGAUGUUUGGGAUUUUACAAAUGCAUUGCUAUUUCUUUUCCUUGGAAAUAUUGAUUAUACAGUAUAUGAUCACCCAGACGCAGUAUGAGCUGUGGUCCUACAUUGGCUUUUUGCUUUUUAAGAUGAACAGUAUCCCAAGAAAGGACUGUUGCCUUUUCAACAGAAACAUGUCAUCACCAUGUAACUUUACCAUAUCACUUAUCGACAGAUAGCAUCAAAUGGGUAUUUAUUUGUCUGUAUAUUUGGCCACUGAAUGCUCGUCUUUCUUUGCUUCCUAUGAUCUUGUUGUUAUUAUUCUGGAUGCUCUGAUUUUUAAUUCUCUCAAAGUUGAAUUGGUCUGAAAAGUAUUUGUACUUUUGUGACGCGUUUUUGUGAGAUUGCAUUCUAGACUGUUCAUCUGUUGGUGUAGAAUUUCCUCUGUUAAUGUCACUGUAUUAAAGCGGUAGUAUGUAUAACCUAUAUGCACUUUAUCUGUGAACAUGUACAGCAUCUGAUAGAGGUGCCAGUAGAAUAGAAAAUUAAUAUGUCUCUGGAGAAAAAUGUAAUUCUUUCAAAACUUUUGUUUGUUUGUUUUCACUAUAUAGAUGUAGUUAUGAUAAUCUGAAUAGAGAUUAUAUGAACCGUUGAUCUAUUGUCCAUGGCAUUGCUUACACCAGUGGUCUAACCCUCCCCCACCUUUUCUCCUGUCCUUUGCUACCCCCCCCCCCCCCCCCCCAACUCCUCCUACUCACUAUUCCACUACUUCAAACAGCUGAUUUCCAAGAAAGAAAGGGAUCAUUCGGAAGAAAUGGUUAGCAAAUGACAUAGAGAAGAGCGAUUAAAUUAUAUCACACAGUAGCUGGUUUAAUCUCUCUUAGCACUUUUCAUUUUCUAUCAGUGGGUAUGAUGGGGCUAGCUUGUUAGCAAUUUAGCUAGCUGGCAACCCCGGCUAACGUUAUUCCGCUAACGUUAGUGAUGCAAAACUGACUUUUGUUGUGUAAAAUCAAAAGAGGACUUCUUCGCGCUGCGAACCACGCGGGUUGGUAUUUCGUUUCGUCUACUGAAAGUGUUUUUUGGUCAAACAAAUAUAUAGGUCACGAAAGUCUGCUAGCUAAAUACCCGGCUGUCUUAUAUGGGCCAUGGAACAGCUGGUUAGCAUUCGGUCUAAUGCCAGCUAGUUAACGUUCUACGAAUCUGAAUUUCAUUGAUCGACAACUCGAGCUGGAAGAACCUGGUGUUUGCUACCUUUUUUAAAAAUUUGUAUUUAGAUACCUCUGAAACUGGUUAGCUAUAACAUAAGCUAGUGUAUGCAAACACAGGUGUGUGUACUUUUCGGUUUAGCUAGCUCGUUAGUUAACAUCAACCAGACAAAGGUUGCUAUCUGAGCCCGGGGCAAUAAACUAAUGUAGUGCGAGCAGGUAGCCAGGUAAUGUAACAUAGCAUUGUUAGAUAAGGGGAGACUUCUUACUCAUCGUAAAAUUAGGCCACAAAACAGAAAGCACAAAUGUAUUAACAGUGUUAGGCAUUGCUUCCCCCAGCCAGACUGGUUGAUUGAUUAUGUGAUCGCUGGUCAAUUAGAUAGCGUUUGUGUCGAUAUACCUCAGGAAUUUCUGGAUCCGACAGUGUUUUCGAUCACACUGCUGACGUUAUACUUUUGGUUUUCUGUCGUGACCUAACGUUACCUACCUCACUAAAGCCAAUAAUGGUGAUUCCACGACAAUAGUCUAAUAGCAAGCUAAAUAACACUGCUCCUGUUAUUAUAUAGCUAACAAGAUAGCUGCUAGCCAUAUCAGACAUGGUUUACAUUCUCUGUUGCAUGUUCUACAAGCAAGGAACAGAGUCACAACCAUGCCUGCAUAGAAUACUGAAGUCAAGCUCUAGGUUCAUGUAUAUGUAAUGCAUGCAACGCUCAAAGCGAGUACAGUAUUAGACAUAGCUCCCAAACGAACCCUUCUGAUAGGGGUUUGAAAUAGAAUGGCAUUCCAUGGUACAGGCCUGCAGCAGACAGUAUGUGGUAACCUGUUCCCUGGAUCUGAGUUGGGGCAUAACAAGUAUUUUUGCGUCAACACCUCAACUGGAUCCACUUCCACGGGCCUCAGUGCAACUCCAAGUCUAACUGGACCCACUGCCCCGGCGGGGACGCCUCGACACCCGACGUCUCUUGGGGGAAGCACCGGUGGUGGGGCAGCUGUACCACAGCCUCAUAGUAGCCCUGCCAGUGAAGUGCCAAGCCCUGCUGAGAUGGAGCCUGAUCGACCUAUCGGUUAUGGCGCAUUUGGUGUGGUCUGGUCAGUGACAGACCCUCGUGACGGGCGUAAGGUAGCCCUGAAGAAGAUGCCCAAUGUCUUCCAGAACCUAGUCUCCUGUAAGAGGGUCUUCAGAGAGCUGAGGAUGCUCUGCUUCUUCAAACACGACAACGUGUUGUCAGCGCUGGACAUUCUGCAGCCUCCGCAGAUCGACUGCUUCGAGGAAAUCUAUGUGAUCACUGAGCUGAUGCAGAGUGACCUCCACAAAGUCAUCGUGUCUCCCCAGCCCCUCACCACCGACCACAUCAAAGUGUUCCUCUACCAGAUCCUCAGAGGGCUGAAGUACCUGCAUUCUGCUGGCAUCCUGCACAGGGACAUCAAACCUGGGAACCUGUUAGUCAACAGCAAUUGCCUGCUCAAGAUCUGUGACUUUGGGCUGGCACGUGUGGAGGAGCCGGACCAGUCUCGUCACAUGACCCAGGAGGUGGUGACUCAGUACUACCGGGCUCCUGAGGUGCUGAUGGGCAGCCGCCAUUAUGGCUCUGCCAUAGACGUCUGGUCGGUGGGCUGCAUCUUCGCCGAACUACUGGGUCGACGCAUCCUGUUCCAGGCCCAGAGCCCCAUACAACAGUUGGAUCUGAUCACUGAUCUGCUGGGUACCCCUCCUCUCUCUGCCAUGGCAUCUGCCUGUGAGGGGGCCAGAGCUCACAUCCUGAGAGGACCUCACAAACCGCCGUCACUCUCUGUGUUAUACAUGCUGUCGGACGGGGCGACCCACGAAGCCGUGCACCUGUUGUGUCGUAUGCUGGUGUUUGAUCCGGCCAAACGGAUCUCGGGCAGCGACGCCCUCUCCCACCCCUACCUGGACGAGGGCCGUCUGCGCUACCACACGUGCAUGUGCCAGUGCUGCUACUCGGUGCCCAGCGGGCGUGUGUACACGCGGGACUUUGAACCGCCCGCCGACCGGAACUUUAGCCACAGCUACGAUAACAGCCUACUCUCUGUCUGGCAGGGCAAAGAGCUCAUCCAUCACUUCAUAACAGAGCACCAGCAGGGGAAACGAGUGCCGCUGUGCAUCAACCCCCAGAGUGCUGCCUUCAAGACCUUCAUCAGGUCUACUGCGUGGCAUUCCUCCAAAGUCUCCAGGAAGGAGGAGAGAUGAAGGGGAGUGUCGUUCAUGUACAAGAGGAAUCGUGGGAAAUUCAGUUUGAUAAAAAGAACAAGACAAGCUUUGGUCCAUAUAAUCGAGAGAGGCUUGGGUUUCUCUGGAUGAAGGGGGGGUGUGAAUGAAACCGUACGCCAGCCUCUCCGAGAGAAGAACAGUGUCUGUCAGAGGAAAUCCUCACUUUUAUUAAAGACUACAUUUCCCUUCAAUGAAAACUACAGUUCCCAACUGAAAACUACUAUUGACAAUGGGGGAAGACUUGAGGACACCAACGCUAUAGGCAUUUCUGAAAACUAAAAUGUGCUGCUGAAUUUAAAAAAGGAAUAAGGAAAGAGCGAAGACUGGUAGAAGAGGAAAAUUAUUGGAAACAUUUAUUACUAGAAGAUUUGAGGUUGGUUGAGUUGUGCUCCAACGUGGUUGAUGACGGAGACAAAGGAAUAGCUGUUUUAUUAUUUAUGUUGAAUAAUUGUUCUGCUCUGUUAAGUCAUUCCAGCCGCGUGCAAUAUGAUGAAAAGCAACGUGCUCCUGGUGAUACCAUACUCUCUUUACCUGUGCGCUCAGUGACUUAGGCAUGUUAAUGUCACAUUGAUGACCCUACCUUUUUAAGCAUUGAUUCUAUUGAUUUUGGUUUGAUAGUUUCACUGGACCCAUUCUCAAUAUCUUCAGUAAACUGGUCUUAGAUCUGCGCUACAAUGCAACCUCUGGCCUUGAGCGUGGCUCCGUGCUACUUUUAAAUCUUCCCUCCCAAUCUGCCCUUGUCCAUAAGACCAAACCAUUUUCAAGACAACAAAUUGACCGGGUUCUUUGAUUGGGUUCGGCCACAGCAGGGGAGGAGCCUCGCCCAUGUUUUUAAAAUCAUUAUUUUAUAUUUUAAUUUAUUGUUUGAUUUAGCUUCUCUGAGUGGCAGUUUGAGCACAUGUUGUGCCCAUGUACUGAGUAGUCAGCCAUUUCGGUGUGUGUGUGCUCACGUGUGUAGAGUUUAAGGGAAUGUGCAGUUUUCUACUUCAAUGAUCUCAUUACCUCAAACAGUUGGAGUCAAAAAGGGAACCCAGAGAGUCUACUGGGUAAAGUGUACAUAGAUCCAACUCAACUACUACGUACUGUAACGUGAUGUCAUUCCUUUGUACUAAAUCACUGUCCUUAAACUCUCUCCGUCACUCGCCUCCUUUCUCCCUCUUGGAGAGAGGGAAGGAGGAUGAGGGACAGGUGGCAGGAAGAACAGCUUGUUGAAAUGUGUUGGUGAAAUGCUGCUGUGUUUUGGUUUUCCUUUAUUGGUUUAUUUCCAGUUGAGUUCACGGCUCAGGUGUUCCGUUGCAAAGUACUGUGGACCCGACAUCGCAAAUACACACCGAUAUUACUCACCAAUGUGAGUGCCUCAAUUUUUAUUUUAUUUUACCCACAAAGAGGAACUGCAAAGCUCUGUGCGCUGAAGCUCUGACUGGAGCUAGUACUAACUAAAAUGAGGCUCCUGAAGACGCCGUACUGUGCUUGAUGGCAUUGCCGUCAUGGCAGUGGUCAGGCCCUUGUCCCACCACUUGAUGGUGCUAUUGGCAGUGUAUGCUCGGGGGUGAUAGGGAUUGCCAAAAUGUUUCACUUAAACCGGCAUGUAUGUAUUUAUGAUUAAAAAAAAGGGAAGAGGAUUUGGAUGCAGUGCAAUGGGAGUUGUCGCCAUGGACAAACCUUCCUUGUGGUGAUGUUAAUUAGAUUUUAGGAAAUAUUAUUUGUUUUUAUGUGUUUUUAUUUCGGACUGUUUUGUGAUGUGAUUCAUUUAAAAAAAGUUUUUUGGGGGUUUUCACAACUUGGCUAUUGUCUUUAGUAGAGAGUCCAAGCAGGCUGGGUUUUAGAAGAGCUCACCAGGGCCUGUCUCUCUCCCUUACACCCUCCUUUCUUCUCUCUAUCCCCCUCACACUGUCGUCUCGUCUCUGUUUGCCUUUUAUAGCACUAGGCACGAAAAGAAAAGACUCAAACUGUGAGGGACUACUUGAACUUGUCCAAUAAGAAACUUGAUGCAAAAUGUGUUCCUACAGUGUGCACUAAGGAGUAUAACCCAGCUAUGCUUGAGGUAGAAGCCAAUAAGGACAUCAUCCUCAUUGGAGGAGCUUCCUCUGGCAGUUAAAUAGUUUAAAUCAGCUUUUCAUCCUCUCCUUCUUUCCUUUAUUGGCACUGAUGGAAGACAGGUUAAAGCAAUGUAGUAGAGAGAAGCUCAGUUGGGGAUUUGCUUUCACAUGCCCAGUUCUCUUCAGGCCAGGAUCUGUCGCAAAUGGCAACCCAUUUCCUUUCUAGUGCACUACUUUUGAGGGUCCUGGUCAAAAGUAGUGCACUAUAUAGGGUGCCAUUUGGGACGUACACCCUUUUACUGAAGGAAAGGAAGCAAGUUUGUGCAUCAAUAGGCACGGGAGAGAGACUACACCUGGGAAUGUAGAUAUUAGAAAUACGGGAGAAAACUGAUACGUGUGUUUUUGAUUUCUGAAUAUGAAACCGAUGUUUUGAAAAAAAAAAACGUUUUUUUUUUUUUGUCAUGAUAUUUUAGGGAAAGUCUUGACUUGUUCCCAACAAAUACUUGAAUUUCUUAAGAAAACAACUAGAGUAAAGUAGUGAAUUAAUAAAUGGAUAGUCACUAGAUAAUAUUCCUGUAUGGUGUCUGUCCGCUUAUCAAUGGGGAGGGGGCUCAAAGGCCAACGUUACAUUGUACGGUGUCAGGUUGUUGAUUUAGUGGCUGCUGUUAUUUUUUUUGCCUCGUGUUUUAUUUUUUGAGGGUUGUUUUUCUCGCGUUCAGAAAGGUUGGUUGUAAUGUAAUUUCUCUCUGUCAAUUUUUCAACAGGUUCAAUUUCAACGUGUCUGAUAACUGGCUAUUAUGCCUAUUGCAUUAUAGCCCUAAUUAUGUGAUACUGAGAAUUAGAAUCAGUUUAUACAUAUGACAAAUGUGUAUUAUCCUUCAGUAAAGUGUUACCCAAUUUAUCACA